GCCAUCCCAUGAUUGAGAUUCGAUUCUCAACAGCUCAACAGCCAGCAACAUGCACACAUGCCAUCAUGAUCAAUAUCUGCUGAAAGCGACUUUAUCUCUUGAAGUAUGAGCGAUAAUCAUGACGAUGUUGUCGCCACACUCCAGACAAUCUGUCAUGUCAGCAAGGAUCGAGCUGAGGAGCUGUUGGGGGCCGCGAGUGGAUCCAUGGAGAGGGCCGUCGAAAUCCACUUUCAACAGAAGCCAUCCGUAGCCAGAGCCAAAGAUAGCAAUGAUUUUGGUUUGAUUUCUAUUGAUGAUGACGACGAUGAUGAUGAAAGUGGGGAGCUGGCCAACACAAAUUUUUCCAACGAAACAAGCCACUCGAAGAAAGACAUGGCGACGAAGCCAUUAUUACAAUCUCCUUCCAAGAAGCCUCGCAAAUCUGGAUCUGCUUCGAGUGGCAAACCGCAGCAAUCUAGCAAGCCAAAAGGAACCUUGCAUGCAUUCUUUUCCCCGAAAAAAGGUGCUGGAUCACAGAAGAAUGCAACGAGCCCUGAUAGAAAGAUCGGCUCUUCCACUAGAAAGCGGUCUCCUGUUUGUACUCCCAAGAAGAAAAAUAAUGAGAGCAAGCAAUCUACAUCAUUAAAUACUCCCACGACUUCUCCAGUUAAGGAAGUCAAGAGACCAAUAAAGUCUGCUGAAACUGAAGCGCCCGUUGACCCCAGGCUUAGCUACAAUACACUUUCCAAAGCAUUCACAGAAAUGACCAGCACCACCAAGAGGAACGCCAAACUCAAUACCCUGAAGAUGGUCCUUAUUGGUGUCAUUGAGGCAGUGGGUGGAAUUGACACAGAAACGAGCAGUAGAGAAGCAGAUGGUCAAACUUUGACAUGUGCUCUCGAAUUGAUUUCUGGAAAGAUUUCAUUGCCCAAUUCCACGACAGUGGCACCAGUUCCACUCCAAGUCAGCGGUGCCGCCGUGUCUGGGGCCUUGCAGAUUGUCACGGGGGGAGUGUCCAAGGCUCGAAUGAGGGAAUCGUAUCGAAGCACCGGGGAUUUGGGCGAUACAGCCGCCGAGUUCUUCUCGCCUGCCGUGUCUCUCCAGAAUUUUUUCAAAGCACGCAAGAAACGAGAUCGUGCGGAUGAUGAACAGGCCAACAAUGAUGACGAGAGCAGCAACAAGGGGGCAAGUAUCGCACGUAUUCACAGUCUUCUGCAGUCCGUGGCCACUGUGAAACCUGGUACUGGUAGUCAGAAAGAACGUCAAGGUCUGCUGGUCAAAUUGCUUCGCCUUGCAGCAAGCAAAGGUGAAAUGCGAUUCUUGGUGAGAAUCUUGCUGGGAAACAUGAGGCUGGGAGCCACGAUCAAGUCGAUACUGGCCGCUCUGGCCAUGGCUGUAGAACAAGUUCAAACGGGGAAAGAAACAACACCACAGUGUCCGGCCAUUCAAACCCUGCAAAAGACACACGACAUUUGCCCCAGACUCUCACGAAUUGCAAUGGCACUGCUUUGUGGAGGUGUGAAAAGAGCCGUCCAAGAUUGCACUUUGGAGGUAGGGGUCCCAAUUCAGCCAAUGCUUGCCAAUCCAGCACAUUCGCUGGAGGAGGUGGAGAAAAUGCUUACGAAGGGCUCAUCUACGUCCGACGAAACAACAUGGGGCAAUGAAGCAAUCGCCGAAUGGAAGUACGAUGGAAUGAGGUGUCAGGCGCACUUUGAUGGAAACGCCAUGAAGCUAUUUUCAAGACAUCUGCUCGACACGACAAAACAAUUCCCAGAUGCUGCACAGUUCAUGCUGGAUGCUAGACGGCAAGACGAGGGAGAUGACGACGUUGACGGGAAGAACACCAACAAGGAAAGAGUCAACUCUUUCAUCCUUGACGCCGAAAUCGUGGCGGUAGAUCCAGGAGCAUUUGAUCGUCUGCUUCCGUUCCAAAUCCUUUCUACACGGCGAGGGGCCAAGAAAGACGAUGAAGGGGUCAAAAUCAAGGUCUUUGUUUUUGACCUGAUGUACUUGAAUGGUCUGUCGUUGCUCGGCAACUCUCUGUGGGAGAGACAGAAGCUUCUUCGUGAGAGCUUUCAAGGAACUCCUGGAUUCGAUUUUGCUUCCUCGUUGAAGCUCAAAGGUUACAAUGAGGCAGAGAUCAGUAAUUACCUGUCAGAGGCGGUCAAAGGCGGAGCCGAAGGAUUGAUGGUGAAACUAAUAGGUCGAGCCUGUCAGACGUCAGAAGGGGAUCUUACAACCACAACUAAAAUUCCAGCUGCUCUGCCUUGCCCGUAUGAAUCCGGAACAAGGAGUGCAACAUGGCUGAAAUUGAAGAGAGACUAUGUCACUGGAUUUUUUGAUACGAUCGAUGUGGUUCCGAUCGGAGCUUGGCACGGCAAUGGUCGGAAGGCGGAGAAGGGUUUCCUGUCGCCGAUCCUGUUUGCAGUGUACGACGAAGAGGAUGGAAUAUUCAGAUCCAUCAGCCGUUGCAUGAGCUUCACUGACAGUAUGUACAUUGCCAUCAGGGAGUUUUACUUCCGCGGGACACCAUAUCCUUCUGAUGUUGGGAUUAUAGAAGGCGACUCAUUGAAGACGAAGAAGACAGCUGCGGGUACCAGCGCCACAAGUAGUGCUGAUGCCGAUGUGAAAGAUGCUGAAGUCGAGGGCUCUGACGACGAGGAUAUGGAAGGAGGGGAAGUGAACGAAGAGGGUGCAUCAGAUGAAGAGCAAGAGGACGACGACGGCAAUGCCUUAGUAGGUGUGAAUUGUCUCCCUGGUCGCCCACCGUCGUCUCUCGUGUUGACAAAUGAAAACUGUUCUAUCUGGUUCAAGCCCAGCGAAGUGUGGGAGGUUUCCUUUGCUGACUUGUCUUUAUCUCGAACUCACACUGCAGCUGCGGGCCUUGUAGACGAUGCAGAGGGACGAGGAGUGGCGCUUCGCUUUCCUCGUUUCAAGAGACGACGCCCAGACAAAAGUGUGGAACAGGCUACGAAUUGUGUACAAAUAGCACAGCUCUUCAAGAAGCAGUGCAAACAAUGCUAAAGUGCGAUACAACGCAACGCAAUGCAAUGCAAUGCACGAAUAAUAAUAGAGUAGAACCAUGACUUCAAAGAUGUUCAAAGAAGGUUGCUAUUCAUC